CUGUCUCCCUGGGAAACGGCCUCUGGUCUGCGGGACGGUGUGUUCGGUCAGCAGAGAAAGGGCUCAGAUGGAUUCCGUGGAGAAGACAGCAAACGGGAGUGAGCAGAAGUCAAGAAAGUUCCUGAAGAGCCUCAUCCGGAAGCAGCCCCAGGAGCUGCUGCUGGUCAUCGGGACGGGGGUGAGUGCGGCGGUGGCCCCCGGGAUCCCGGCCCUCUGCUCCUGGCGCAGCUGCAUCGAGGCGGUCAUCGAGGCGGCCGAGCAGCUGGAGGUGCUGCACCCUGGGGACGUGGCCGAGUUCCGCAGGAAGGUGACGAAGGACCGGGACCUGCUGGUGGUCGCGCACGACCUGAUCCGGAAGAUGUCACCCCGCACAGGCGACACCAAGCCCAGCUUCUUCCAGGACUGCCUGAUGGAGGUCUUCGACAGCCUGGAGCAGCACAUCCAGAACCCGCAGGUGCUGCAGUCCAUCCUCAGCCUGAUGGAGCGGGGCACCAUGGUCCUGACCACCAACUACGACAACCUGCUGGAGAUCUUCGGGCAGCAGCAGCACAAGCCCAUGGAGUCCCUGGACUUGAAGGACAAGACCAAGGGGGGCACCGGAGGCCGCGGGGCCCGUCACCUUCAGGACCCCAGCGAGCGUGUGCUCCCCCGGGCAGCCCUGCUGGGAGAGGCGCCCAGGGCCGCCGAGGGCACUCGUGGCGCCGUGGUCUGGCUCCGGGUCGGGCCCGGCCCAGGGAAGGAAGACCGGCCCAGGGGCGCAGCCCAGGUGCCGGGGCGCGUGCGGCCGGCUGCCCCAGCGGCUCCUGUGUCCCCCCAGGAGGUCCUGCAGAACCUGUACCGCACCAAGUCCUUCCUGUUCGUGGGCUGUGGCGAGACCCUGCGCGACCAGAUAUUCCAGGCGCUCUUCCUCUACUCGGUGCCCGACAGGGUGGAGCUGGAGCACUACAUGCUGGUGCUGAAGGAGAGCGAGGACCACUUCUUCAAGCACCAGGCCGACAUGCUCCUGCACGGCAUCAAGGUGGUGUCCUACGGCCGGCGCUUCGACUCCUUCCCGGGCUACGUGCAGGACCUGGCCAGCCAGAUCUGCAAGCAGCGGAGCCCAGAUACCGACCGAGUGGACAGCACCACGUUGCUGGGUAACGCCUGUCAGGACUGCGCCAAGAGGAAGCGAGAGGAGCACGGCGUCGACGUCUCCAAACGGCCGAGACCGUCAGACACGGAUGAUGCUGGAGGGUCUUGAACUCUUUAAACACAAUAAAACCUGCAGCUUUGAAAACCAGCCUCUGUGACCACAGUGCCAUACCCGAACCACGAGGAGUGUUCCGAGCAUGCCACGCGGGUCUCAGUCCCACACAUCACACACACCCCGAGUGCCGUGUGGGGCAGCCCUGGAGGCCGGGCGACGGCCCGCCGUGUGACGCCCAGGAGGUGAGCACGCAGACUCAGGCAUACUUGGCACAGACCGAUGGGCAACUACCUCAGGGCCUGCAUCGCUGGAAGGCACGAGCGUGCCUGCUUCCGACUCCCGCUGAGGAGCCCUCUGUCAAGGUGGCUUCUUAAAUAAGGUGGGGAGCGAAGACCUUGCAAGCAACAGUAGUUGCCAAAGAAGGAGACGCCAAACACAUUUAUAGUUUUUAUGUCUAAACAUCUGUUACUGUAGAAAAAGUUUUAAGUAUGUUUGUUGCAUUGUUCAGCAGUGAAGUACAGGUGCGCACCUCAGGCUGACCUGGCAUUAGGGCGCCACACGCCUUUGGGGUUCAGUGACUUGGGUGACUGGUUCCAAAUGCUGUUGCUGAACAGCCUGAGGCCAGUGCAGCUCUGCGCGGCGCGGCUCUGCCAGCUGUCAGGGAAUCCGUGCCAAGUUGUUCGAAUGUGAACCCCGGGCUUUGACCUGCGUUCUGCGGUGUGAAUCCCCCCCUUUUCCUCGUCUCAGCCCACCCGCAGCCCUGUCAAGGGGUGGCGGGCUCCGGGCGCAGGCUCGCCCGUAGGGGUCUCCAGGCCGGUGCCUGGGUGUGGGCUGUGGUGACUGGCACAGGCCCCGCCCAGGUUCAGGGGCUGCCUGUGCUAAGACACCGCCCAGUGGUGGCACUGGGGCCUGGUCGUCCCGAGGUGCAGUGUGCAGGGCCUGACAGGUGAGCGGGGACGGAACCUUAUGUUACCUGGUCACAAAUAAACUUAAUUUAACUCCA